AUGUAUCCGUACGGCCAAUACCCCGAUCUCAACACGCCAUUUCCACCGCAGCCUCCAGAUGCGAUGGCUGCACCGAAGAUCGCCAUACCGCGCGCUACAACAGCCAAGGCGUCAUCGCAGCGACGUCGGUCAGCACGCGCCUGCGAGCCCUGUCGGCAGCGGAAGGUCAAAUGUGACGGCGGGCGACCGGAGUGUCGAAAAUGUCGGGAACAUGGGAUGGCCUGCUCAUACAUUGAUAUCAAGCGGAUCCGGGACCAGAAGCAACUGGGAGUUUUGUCGGAGAAGGUAAAGCGGUACGAGAAGCUGUUAAAGCAGCUUGAGACGGAGGCCGACCAUUCAACUGCAAAGAAGAUCAAGAAGGGUUUAGCGCAGACACAGUCUGAUGACGGCGAAGAAGCGGACGAUAGUGACGCAGACUCGACGACAUCGCACGGAUCGCUAGAUGAAAUUGACCUGGUCAAAGAAGACUUAAACCGCAGCGACAAGACGGUAGCGAUAGGGUUUUUCGGCAAGAACUCGGAAGUGGCGUGGAUGCAAAAGCUUGAGGAUGUAUCAGGCCAACGAGUAUCCGAGUCAGACGGAGAGAAACCGUUCUUGAAUAAGGAUGUCCCGAUCAUGUCGAUGAGCUACCACCUAGAUGACCUUUCCAUCCCAUUCCCGGAAACGAUUGAUCCCUUUGCUGUGCCGGAUAAGGACUUGGCAGACCAGUAUUUUAACGCCUACAUGGAGUCUGUGCAUCCGUCAUUUACGAUGAUUCGAAAAAACACGUUCACGACGCAGUAUGAGCAGUUCUAUAAGAAGAAGCAAUUCAGCCCGCCGCCACGCAAGUGGCUCGCGGUGUUGAAUAUGAUAUUCGCGCUGGGCUGUCGGUAUUGUAAAUCUACGGGAAAGGUUUCUGCUGGGGGAACUGAUACGGAUGAUACCGUGUUUUUGAACCGUGCUAGGAAGCUGUGCUUGUGUGGUAAUGUGCUGUUCCAGCAUGACGACCUCCAGCAGAUUCAAGUGGUUUUGCUUGUGGCGUUCUAUCUUAUUGCGUUGGGGCAGGUAAAUGGUGCAUCUAAGUUCUCGAGUUUGGCGUUGCGCUCGGCUAUCUCACUCGGUAUCAACCUGAAGUUCAAAGAUGAUAGAACACAUUAUGCAUCAAAAGAAGCACGAACUCGUCUCUGGUGGUCAACAUUCCUCCUUGAACAUCUCGUCACUUCAAUAACCGGUCGAAUUUCUGGCUGCGGCGAAGGUCUCAGUGCGGUCUUACUUCCUGUCCCGUUUGAUGAAGAUGGAGCCGAGCGUAACCCUAGCCUUAAUGAAAUCUUCCGUGACCCAAAGCUGCAGGCGAGUCGUCUCCAGCUGACGUUGUUCCAAACGGACGAUGAAGCCCAAGCCGCCUCAGCUUGGCUAUCCCAGUGUGAACCAUCCUCGACGCUACUAUUCCACUGCGAAGUCGACCUCAACAUCAUUUCGCAGUCCGUCAUAAACAGUGUCUACAGCAUACAAGGCCUCCGCGAGCCCGCUGGGCAGUUAGAGAACCUCCUCCAGAAAUACAGCCGAUGUAUGGAUAUCUGGCUGCGCAAAGUUCCCAUGCCAUAUCGAUUUACUGUCUCCCCCGAGGAUGACACCUUCCUUCCUCCUGGAAUCGGACAUGUCACGACCAACUACACCCGCGAACGGAUUACCCUAGCGAUCUACUACUACAGCGCCCGCAUAACCCUCUGCCGGCCCUGCCUCUCCCACGCCCAAGUGCCGCUCCAAAAGGCCAGCGAGCGCAGCUCCCGGGCCAGCUUCCGCACCCUGAUGACCCUCGCGUGCCUCCGCGCAGCAACAAACCUCCUCUCCAUCCUCCCCGAUACCCCAGAUACGGCCUGGCUCACAACCGUAACACCGUGGUGGGCAAUCCUCCACUUCAUUAUGCAAGCAACAACGGCCCUCCUUAUCGGUCUCUCCACUCCCUCCGCGAACGGCACCGAGUCAACUGCCACCACCACCACCACCACCAUUUCCUCCUCAACAACAGAACGCGGCAGCAUUAAAGACGAAAACACGUCUUCAGAAACAACCCCCGGGAGCCCACCCCUAACCAAAGAAAGCAUGGUCGCCCAGACUCAAAAGGCCAUUCACUGGCUGCACCAUCUCGGCUUCAGCAGCCGCGCCGCACGCCGCGCGUUCAUCCUCUGCGAGCGCUUCGUAUCGCGGAUGGGCCCGAAGCUCGGGAUCGACAUCGAUGCGCUACCUACCAGCGAGGAGUUCCCGCCUGUUGGUGACGUGGAUAUGGUUGGGACGAGUGAUUGUUCUGGAACUGAUAGCGGCGGUUGCGACGAUGGCUGUGGAUUUGGGAAUGGACUUGGGGAUGGGAGUGGGCUUUUUGCGGACAUGUUGAUGUCGAAUGCGUUGGCGAUGGUUGAUGAUUGA